AUUUGGAACAAGCCCAACUACAUAAACCCACACCCUCUUCUUCUUCUUCCUUCCCCUGCAGUUGGUACCACAACAUAAACAACUCUCUCUUUCACUCAAACAUAAACAACAACACUUUCUGAAAAGAUUACAAAUUCUUUUGCCUAACAUGGCCAGACCACAACAGCGUUACCGAGGCGUCCGACAAAGGCAUUGGGGCUCUUGGGUCUCCGAAAUUCGACACCCUAUAUUGAAAACUAGGAUAUGGCUUGGGACAUUUGAAACUGCUGAGGAUGCAGCUAGAGCAUACGAUGAAGCCGCGAGGCUAAUGUGCGGUGCGAGAGCAAGAACAAACUUCCCUUACAACCCCAAUGCGUCUCAGUCUUCAUCUUCCAAGCUUCUCUCAGCAACUUUAACUGCUAAACUGCAUAGAUGCUACAUGGCUUCUCUGCAAAUGACAAGGCCUUCAAUGCCAGAGCCUCAAAGAGCUGCAGAUUCCCCAAAUGUGGCCAACACAAGCAACAUUCCCAUGAAAAAUGGUGAAAUUGAAGAAAUGUUGGCACAUAAGAGGCCUAAGGAGGAACAAGAAUCCGAGGGGAAUUGGGUUUUGAAGAAGGUUAAGGCAGAGAGUGCUCACAACGCUAUGUUUGAAUAUCCGAUGACACCAAUGCAGACAGAUGUUAACACACAAUUCAAGAUAAAAAGUGAACGGAACUCUUAUUAUGGAUCGGAUGAAAGUCGGUUCACAUUGCAGUUAAGGCCUCUUGAAGAAGAUCAUAAUCAUAUAGAGCAAAUGAUAGAGGAGCUACUUCAUUAUGGUUCCAUUGAGCUUUGUUCUUAUCCAACACAGGCUCUGUGAUUCAUGAUUUGACUUUGAGCAUUUUGUUGUUGCUACUUCCACAUUCUUAUAUUCUGCUAAUUUAACCAAUUACUAGUACCUUAGCUUCUUAUAUCUAUAGGCGUCCUAGAUAUUUUUCUAAGAGACACCAUUGGACAAUGUUCUGUGUAUAGCCAAUCAUGUUGUUAUCUGUGAAAUUAUGCAUGUUUCCUGGCUCUUUGUUCUAAAA